AUGGGCUGGAAGGCUGCCAACCGACAGGAUAACCUGACCCUCAUCUCAGGACGGAGAGUCAAGCUGCAAUGGCUCCUUCUUACUCUGUCCUCUAUGACAGUCCUAGCCUGCUGCGAUCCGAGUCGCUUCUUUCUCGUUUCUGCGGAAACCUGGCCCUUUGCGCAAGAACAGGUUGUGAGUAGCACGCUCAGACGGGUCAUUUGCCCUUGUGAACCACUGCGUCCGAUUCCACCUCCGAUCUAUUAGACUGUCUUAACACCGAGCUCAAGUUGGUGAGAGAGGAGAGUAUGGCAGAUGCAGCGCAAACAUACCACUAUCUCACGCGAAAGUCAUCGUCCCUGCGUCCGCCAUGAUGUAUCGCCGUUCGCGAUGGUCGAACUAACAUCCGGACAAUUUUUACAUUGCCCUGGCGACAUUUACUUCACAGUCCUCCAAGUGCCCAGAGCCUUGCGUUCCUCCCCAUAUUUUGCCGCACUUAGACCCACGCUUUGACAUGAAACCACGCAUUUGGACACACCACACCCGGGAAACCACCGGCUCGACCAAACACUGAGUUUCUUGACGUUUGGUUACAAGUUUAUUGCGUCACCAUCAAAGGUAAAUUUCCUCCGUAUAUGUCUGUCACUGGCAGAUUUAGCAACCUCGGACUGUAGCCCCUGGGUGCAAUUAUUCAUAUUAAUAAGAAAGAUUAGUAGGACUAACACAGAUCUUUGUGCGUUACCACCUUAAAUGGUUACUUCAUUAGGGUUGGAAUCACAAUGUAAUAAGUCCUCAUGCGGAAGGACAAAAAACUCAAUAAAUCUGAACGCUCAACGUUGGUAACCAAUUCUCUUUAUUCUCCGUGGGAUUCAUGCAUACUGUCAAACGUUGUAUUGAUUUUACCAAGCGACACAUUGGACAUUCCUUCAGGUGGAUCUACUGUGGUUUUGCAUAGGUCCAUCAAGUAAAUGUAACUCAUCCUAGAUUCACGGGAUGAUUCCGCAAAUAUCUCAGGUUCUCCUGGACAAUGUUCCCUGUUUAUAAUGAUCAGGUUUCUUCAUCAUCCUCUAGUGUUAAUGGAAAUUUGGAUGGUUUGCCGCUGAGCGGACUGGUGUAAAAAAGAGAUCUCCUUGAUAUCCGCUUGGGCGGUCUGUGGGAAUGAACGGAGUAGUUAGUAGCGCCCGAUUGAGAGUACAGUCACCCCCCUCCCCAUACUAGAAGAACUUUCCUGUGAAAGCGAUUCUAUCACCUUCGUCGCUUAUGCUUCUUAUGUUCGUUCAACUUGUAGAAAAUAAAGGGGUGCUAACUAGAAUUUAUGGUGGGCGGCCUUUGGAUAAUUAGAAUGGAUCCCAAUCGAUGAGGACAAGAGGGAAUUACUAUGCUCCUACGUGAUUGUACCUCUUGCACUACAGACUGGCCUUCCUCAAAGAGAGGCCUCGGUUGGGGAAUUCUUAGCUACUACUUAAGACAAUCGAACCGAUCCUAUCUCCUUAUUGCUCUGAUAUACAGACCCUCGGAAGACGGAAGGUGCAGGUAAUGCACUCAUUUCCAGACGGAGGGAACCUUUGGGAUUUCGACUUUUUAGACACUGAGUGGGAGUUGAUGCACUGGGCACGAUCUUAAAUCUCCUUUGAUCGGCAAAAUCAUAAUUUGGUCAUGGACGUUAACAUGGAGAUGCUCAUACCUCGUGAACAACAGUCAAACUGUCAAGACCUCAUCAUUACUAGAGAUCAAAGUAGUAUUCAUAUUGACCCAACUGUGAAAAACUCGUCGUCUCGGUGGGAUUCGAACCCACGCAGUAAGGUGAAGGCUUUAGCGCAGCCUCGUAGCUCAGGUGGUUAGAGCGUUGGCUGCGCUAAAGCCUUCCCCUUACUGCGUGGGUUCGAAUCCCACCGAGACGACGAGUUUUUCACAGUUGGGUCAAUAUGAAUUAGUCAAAAUCUGCCAAAAUAUCAACAAAGUAGUAUUUUCAAUUCAGGUUCCGACACGUCCCUUGACCGGAGCGAUCACUGUGUUCUUGUUCAGAAGUAAAAGUCCAUUUUCUUUACCCAAAAUCCAAGUAGUCGAGGGGAGAGGUGUUUGAAUGACGGAUUUCUUGAAAAUGAGGGGAAGCUUGGAGGAGAGAGACUGGAAGGCUGCAUUUAUGUCUCUGACCUAAAAACCUAUGCGUUUUUAGGGAGGUCAAGGCAGCACUCGUUAGGGAGCUUUGCCCAUGAGUGACACCUGAAGUGAAGCGAAAACUCAAGCGGAGAAGGAGACUUUGCGAAAGAUCCACCAACUGUAAACAAUUCGAGGAUUUGGUUGAUUUUGCGAACCAACAAAAUAAGCGAGGGAACUUCUUGAGAAAUGAACGUAUGGCCCUCGAGUCGAGAAUAACCAAAAGAAUUCCCUGUGAUUUGAAAAAUAUUCUUCCUUCAUGUGAACAGGACAAGGCGCGUUAAACCCAGACCUCAAGUCACAUCAGACACCCUGUCCAUCUUUAUUAACAGUCGAUCUGACUUGGACUAGAUUGACGCGUGUGAGGAGGCUAAGGGGAUGAGGUCAGUCUAGCCAGAAUCCAUUGUUUACUUCCUCAUUUUAAACAACCAAACGUGCUGAAAAAAUGUAAGAAGAUGCUAAAAAUUGUGGCUUGAACAAUUGCACAAUUUCAUGAUAACCGGUUCUACUCAGGACCGGGGAGUCAGACUGCAACGGUCUCCCCUUAAUGGGAGCGAGACGGUGCUGCCAAUCGCGUGAGAUCUGAUACUACCACCACUAAUGGGACACUAUACGUGUGAAGUUAAAGAUCAGAUCGCGUGCGACAUAGGUACGGUGACUGUUUAACCUAGUCGGACACUGCAGUUGCGCCCGAAUACUGUAGUCAUAAAUCUAUUCCUCAUUGGAAACAAAGUAAUGCGCAAACCACUGCUGAACUUAUCCCGUGAGGUCGUGAUGGCCCUCAUCAUUCUUUGACAGUCAAAAUUGCGUGUAACAUGCAUGGAACGCUUCUGUACACUUGUAUCCAUAGGUUAAUCGAUUGCCCCAUACCGAACGCUAACUAGUCCUUGUAUUAAGUUGGGGAUUAGUCACGACCAUAGAAACCACCCGUGUUUCAGAUGGCACUGUCCUAAAUUCCAGAGGGACUGCAGUUAGUCGGGUUAGGGUUAUGAAGGCCAGCGCUAAGGCUAGGUGGUAACGCUUGUGUUAAAUCCAUACUGACCUAACUGUGGAAAACUCGGCGCCUCGGUGGGAUCCGAGCCCACGAGAACAAAGGUAAGACUUUAAUACAGCCAAUGCUCUAGCCACCUGAGCUACGAAGCCUCACCAGGAGACGUGAGUUUAAUUACAUAUGGGUCAAGUUACACGCCCAGCCCUACUGCAACGUCUGGAGUCUACCAAAUCUGGUACAGUAAUCUGACUUCCCAAACAGGAUUUCCUAAGUAAUCCAUCUAGAAUCCACCAGAUGACUACCAGGCUCACGUAUUUCAUAGAUGUUUUGGCAGAUUUUGAAUGAUUCAUACCAGCCGGUAUUUGGGUAAGAUCCUAAUAUGCAGCCAUGCAUUCAUUGUUAAUACUGUCGGCCUACUGAUUUGGCUUCAGUAGGUGUGAUUAAAUUGAAGCGAGUGGCUUGGCUCAGUGCGUCCCCAUGACGCAUUUCCUAUUUAAUUCGACAAGUGGCUAGGAUACGAACCGAUCAAGUCCACUGUCGUUUCUAGUCCAGCGAGUGGCCAGGCUACGAAACCGAAUAUGUUCAGCUAACUUUCUAAUCCAGCGAGUGGCUAGGCUAGGUGCAUUCGUAUCUGCUUUGUGGAUGGCUUUCCUGCACACCUUUACCUACGCGUUGGCCCUGCGCUCGCGCUUCCCAUUGGUCGACUAUAUCGCUCGUGAGUAGCGGUUGGUUUUCAACUCAUUCAAAGUUUGGCCGUGCUUCACUCUAUGGCUUUUUCCUUGCGUUUCCGUGGUUCAAUAUUUGGCGUGUACGAUGGCCCCACCGGGAAAACCCCUCUUACUCCAAUUCCCGAAUUAGAGUAGAGCUGCUUCAGGGAGGGCUGCAUAUUAGGAUCUUAACCGUAUUUGCGUGUCUGACUGAGCUGGAUUACCAUGCAUAAUUUUGAAAAUGAUGCAGAUUUACUAAUUAGGAAAUAAGCAGACCCAAGUCCGCAGUCCCGCGUUUACGCUUGGCCUUCAUAGCCACUCUCCUCUUUACGAACACAAAGUGCCCGUUGUGUACAUAGUAAAUAGCUAAAAAAUACUGUUUUAAUUUAUAGCGUCCCUUGACUGCAGAUACCGAAGGGAAUAGAAGCGAAAGUCGUGUUCCAGCAAAGAUGGAGGAAGUGAGAUGACCACUUCAGGCUUAUUCGUGAUCUUCAGUCAGUGGAUCAUGCCAGACUCCAAACGAGGAAUAAUUUAGCUAAAAAGAAGAAUUAGUCUCUUUGAGGAGAACCAGGAGUUAAGGAGUGGGAUACUGUACCGAGCCCUGUCACUUUGUGCCAGGAAAAUUUCCAACACUUGAAAGGGGUGUUGCGGCAGCCGCCAUGGCCAGUCUGGCGUCAUUUUUCAGUGCCAAGGUGCCUCAAGGUCACUCACCCCUUGCAGCGAACCAUUCUAGAAGUGUUGACCUGAAGCUACUCGACCGACUUCAGGCCGGCCAUACCUGCGUUCACGCAGCCGCAGCUGCCCAUGCGGUCACCUUAAUGCACCUCUCCACUGCAACCACAACCUAUACUACCGGGACACCACGCCUCGGCAAAUGCAACACACGCUGACUGGACACCACUUUAGCUAGGCCCACGAGCCUACAAAAACUGCUCCCACCACUGUCCUUGGGGCUCUCGGGCAUGACUGAACGCAGUUAACACUAGGUCUGGCUUCACUGGCGACAAUUGCCGCCUGAGAGGACAACUCGGGUUCAGUACACAAUAAACCGUUCGUCCUUGGAAAUGUUGUCUUGGGAUUUAGCCCUCUGCGAGUGCACUUCAACCGCUUAGUCUCUACAGGGGCGUCUAACAGCCAUUCAUCGAAGCAGAACUUGCUACUCUCCUGGAGUUCAAUUUGCCCUUAUCGCGCAGCAGUGACCAGGCAUCAAUCAAAGUUUGGGGUUACAGUGCUUUAUAAGUGCAAUAGGAGAUAGGGUGUAAGGGGUGUCCGGUUGUGGGUCUACGCGAUGGUCUUAGUAGGUCGCUCACUUGCUUGCAGUGUAGCCUACGCCCAACGUCCAUUAACUGACAUCAAACUCUCACAUGUGGCUCCCAGAAGCCAGGCUCUACCUAGCGGCCACACCCCGAUAACCGCCUCUACCGGAGGGCUAAACCAGGCGAGGGCAUGCGUGUGUGCAUAUCCGCACACGGUGACGCGGCUCAGCUGGCCGUAUGGAUCAUCGCCUCGGUACCUCCGAGACGGGACUCCAAUCGGUACACCACAGGAGGCCACAAGGUACAGUGAGUGACCAAUCUUAUCAAAUAUUGGUCGAAAUUCUGAAAUGCGUUUUCUACAAGGAAGGAUUAUUUACGUGGGGUUGUAAAACUGGUUAUCAUGCGGCAUAAUCCUACAGUAUUUUGGACUCGCCAGGAUGUCAGCUUUUGAAUGCUCUGAUUUUCGAUCUCCUACAGGAAGCACACUAGGUAAAAAUGACUACUUAAGUAGCGCGCAUUUUUUGAAUUGAUUUCCGAUGAUUUUAUAAACUCAAAUACAUUUUCUAGAAAAAAUGCCCAAAAGUGUGCCUUCUUUCACUCGUUCGGUGGAAAAUCACGUUGUUUUUACAUUCAAUACCCAAUGAAAGUGCAUAUUUAAGUUUUGAAAAAAGUUUCUAAUCAUGGGAUUUUUAAGACCGUGCCAUGUCCGUUCACACCACUGCUCCUCAUGAAAUGUACAACGCAGUCCGCAUCCACGGCGAAAUUUUCUGAACUCUAUAUAGUAUCUUCUUAAAUAGAUAGAACUCCCAGGUAAGCGAACAUUUCUCUAUCGUCUUUGCUUUGCUUGUCCUUGCUUGCUUGUGUUUGACUUUGUUGUAAGCUAAAUGUCGUUGCGUUGAAUUUUCUCUGCUGCCUUUGCUUUUUGCUGUUCUUGUCUGUCUGCUUUUUCGUCUCCGUCCUUACUGUAAGCUAAAUGCCGUUCUUUUGAAUCUGUUUGCUCACCGCUUUUAUAUUUCAGCAACCAGCUAGCCUAGAGAGGGACGCCAAACACUACUUCCUGUCUCUCUUCGCUUCCCUCAUCCUCCCGCCUCCCCCCUUCAAAAAGUCCUCCAGCGAAAACGACAACGAUAGCGUAGGCGACCCAGGCUAG